AGCCAUCUAUUUCCCCUAAAGAGAAACAAAACAGAAAGCUGGUAGCGGACGUUUUGUUUAAAAAUAAAUGCGGAAGAAUUUAUCCUUCACUAGGUCAAUGGCCUCAGCGUGCCUCUCGCACACACUUGCUUUAUAGCAGCGGAGGUACUACCGGUACUACUACGGACUGCGGUGAAGUUUUUGCGUAAGCGUCUUUCCGCAAACGAACACCAGUCGCCCGCAGGCCCUCAAGCCAGCAAAUGCACGUGUGCCGGUGAUGCUUCGUGGUAAUUAUUCCCUUCAUUUCCAAAAUUAACUAGAGUCGCAGCCAGUAUGCCCGAGCAGAUUCACCGAUGAAUGCUCUUUACGACUUCUGAGAGCUUUGUACUAGCGUAAGGUAACCGUCGUUGGGAGUCGCUCCUCCCAACUCUAAUCGCGGGUUCAAAUUUUGUUUUUCUUUUCUUUUCUUUCUGUACAGUAGGCUGCGUCGAUUUUCAUUCAUUGGUUUCUCAAGAAUCCAACGCUAGUUUCCGUCGAUUUACGCCGAUUCUGGGGCGUCUGCCUCGAGAAUAGCGUUCCGAUCGAGUGAUUUCGUAGCGAGUAAUGCCACUUCUUGCAUUGGACCGCUCAAACUCUUUUUCCUAUAAAUAGGCUAUCAGUGGACUAUAUCGCGGAGUUUGCGGCACAAGCCGACUCGACGUUGAAGCGACCGGCAGCUCGCGGCACGAAUCAUUUGGUAGCAGACGAUCGGGGGGGUCUACGUUCUCGUUCCUGUAGCUUGUUGCCAUAGCGCCGCUACGAUUUGACUUCUGCUCCGACUUGAACUGCUUGAACGUUGCACCGGUUGCUGUCACUUCUCAUCGGAUCGCCGUCGCGCUCACCUCUGCAACUUACGGUUUCAAACCUCUUUGGGCGCUUUUCCUUCUGUUUCCAAGGGACGCAAGUAGCUCUGCACACAUCGACUUUAGUAGCACGACAAAGCGAGUUUUAGCAGACGAACGCUCUCUCGUUUACCUAAAAACAAAUUAACGUCUUAACUCGAAAAAAAAAAAAUCGAUACUGGUUUUUGCAAUUUUCCAGCAUACCUUUUUAUUUGCCGUCACUCUUGAGCAUGGAAUUUCUGCUGGGCGGACUGGCCGCGUGUGGUGCUGGCUUUUUCACAAAUCCCCUGGAAGUGGUCAAGACACGUAUUCAGUUGCAGGGCGAGCUCCAAGCUCGCGGUCGCUACACUGUUCACUACCGCAAUGUGUUUCACGCGUUCUACGCCAUCGGCAAGCACGACGGGCUCCGGGCCCUGCAGAGCGGGCUCUCGCCCGCUCUCUGGUACCAGUUCUUCAUGAACGGCACCCGGCUCGGCGCCUACCACAUCAUGGAAGACCUGCACCUGACUAAGAACAAGGACGGCAGUCUCAACGUCAUCAAGAGUAUUGCCGCGGGCGCUGCGGCCGGCUGCGUCGGCGCCUUCGUGGGGAGUCCUCUCUACCUGGUGAAGGUGCAGCUCCAGGCACAGUCCAACGCCCCGAUCGCAGUGGGCUACCAGCACCACCACGAGGGCAUGCUGACGGCCUUUGUGCGCAUCUACCGUGAGAACCGGCUCUGGGGCCUGUGGAGGGGAGCCAGUGCGGCCGUGCUCCGCGUUGGCUCGGGGUCGGCCGUCCAGCUCUCGACCUUCUCCAAGGUCAAGGCCCACAUCAACCAGUUUGCAGUGUUUCACGAGCGUUCCUGGCUGAAUGCGCUGGUGGCCAGUUCUGCGAGCGGAGUGGCCGUCGUCGCCACCAUGACGCCCUUUGACGUCUGCUGCACGCGGCUGUACAACCAGCCGACCGAUGCUCGGGGCAAGGGGAUCAUGUACACCAGCGUCUUGGACUGCUUCUUCAAGGUGUUCAAGACUGAAGGCGUGAUGGGCUUCUACAAGGGAGUUACGGCCAGCUUCCUCAGGCUGGGACCUCACACGGUACUGAGCCUGGUCUUCUGGACAGAGCUGAGGCGGAAAUAUGCCAUCUUCAGCGAGAGCGGCAUUCAAACCGCCUAGGCCCCGACCCGCUAACCCCACGUCGUCUGCAAGUCUGCGUCCCACCGCUCUACUGUUCAAUCUCGCGUCACGCUCCGCCCGAUCGAGUGAAGGACUCUGCUGGAUGGAUGGAUGUGGCACGUUUUUACCACUGGUUGUGUCUCACAAUUUUGUGACACAUUUGUAAGGGGAACAGAAUCUGUCUUUUACGACAGGAAGGGAAUGUUUGUACCUCUUGAUAUGGUCUGUUUGCCGUUCGGGCUGUGAAGGUUUCAGCAUGUUUAGCGGGCGACCCGUGGUGCAGCUGUAAGAGUUAAGGCACACAGGAUAUGCCUUUAUAGGUUCUGGUUUUGUAAGAAGGUGCUGUAGAAGAGAGAACACUGGUUCGGCAAGUGUGCUGAAUUUCGUUGAAGCAAUGGUUUUUUUCUAAGACUGAGGCAUUUGCAACCACGACUGGACUUCAACCGUAAUGCAAGGAGAGGGGCGCUAAAAGACAAUGGCACCAUCAUUCUUGACUUGCUGUUUUUUUUUAUUUGAGUUCCCACAUUUUGUCGCGCACCUCAUAAAUUUUUUGCGCACAAGGUGUCUGGUGUUCACGUGACUCAACGAUGUAGCAUUUUGUGUACCUAGAAGUAUUUAUUCUUUGCAUUUUAGUACCAAAAGAUGGUAUUUGCCUAGUUGUACAUAGAUCAAUCAAGUUUGAGUUGUUUUUAGGUUUGGGUGCUUUACUGUGCAGCAUCUAACAUGGAUUGCCACUGUUGCUGGCCUAUGUGAACAGGAACUGCACAAAGAACAUUCACAUGCGUUUCGUUUCUCGGCUUGAUUGGGAAUGGCCAAACACAAAUGGGAGCCUCUCAAGCUUUUUUCUUCCGAUUAUUAUUCUAAGAUUACAGUUUUUCUGGUGAGACAGUGUAACCCUCCUUUCACUCAGCUUUAGUUUAACCAGUGCAGGGGUUAUCUUGGUUCACAGCCUUGUAUGUUUUGUUUACAUGACAGUGGCAUUUUCUUGAAGGUUCCUACAUCGAGCAUGAAUGGCACAGUUAUGUUGUUUUAUUUGGUUGUUUAAUCUCAUUUAGCACUGUGAUAAGCAACCUCUUGUGCAAACUCGAAAUAUGGAAUCUCAUCUGUAUUUCUGAUAUUUUCUAUUUAAAAUUUUGUGGGCAUUCAUUAGGGACAUGUGUUAAAUUUUUUAUUGCGCAUGCACUGGACAAGUGCUCUGAGUUACCAUUUUUAUUUUUUUGACUAUAUGGAGACACUAGGUGUCAUGCCAGCAGUAGUGUAUGUCAGUUCCCAAAGAAAUGUUUCUUAAUAGGUUUGAAAAAGGUGUUGCCAUUGAACUGAAAAUAUUGUGAAGCCUUGUACAUAGAGCCUGUAAUAAAUACUUUGUUUUCCACAUGAAACCAGCAACAAAAA